AUCGAGAGAAUCAAUUAUUCGUAAAUGAUCAAUCAAAUGGAGACGGAGAUUGGUUUUUCUGGAGAAUCAGAGAUUGCGUUUUCGGAAACGGAGAUGGAGGCGGCGGAGCAGCUAGUGCAGCUGAGCGAAGAGGAUACGUUUAGCUGUAGCAGCGGCGGCACCGGCUGGAGCGUUUCCGGUUACGACGGUUGUGAAUGGAAAGGACAAGGCAAUAAUACUAAGAGACAAGAAGAUGUUAGUUCGAAGGUUAGAGAUCAUAUUGUCGGAAAGGAGCAAAACGACGGCGUGUGUAGGAAUAAGAACGUUACGAACGGACAGAGUUUUAUGAAGACGAUCAUGGAGACGAAGACAAGGAUAAAUAAGAAGAAGAAGUUUCGGUCUCUCACGAGCAUCUACCGAGCGACGAAGGAGAUGACGAGAGAUUAGUUGAUUAGUCGAAGGAAUGAUGGAUAAUUAUGUUUUAAUGACGUUUGUUAAAAGCGUGUGUUAAUUACUACAGUAUAUGUCAUCGUUUUCAAUGGUUUUGUAUGUAAUAUAGUAGUAUCUAUAUUAGCGUUGAACCGGGAGAAGGUGCUAGAAGAAUUGUGAAGCUUUGCAAUAAUUUUAACAGAAAUUU